AGUACCAGAUCCAACAUCAAACGACAUAAUGAAUUAAACUGAAAGAAGCAACUUUUGGCAUCAAAAACAGAUACAAUUUGUCAUGGUUUCAAAUUUCAUAAAUGGAGAAAAAUUGCCUGAUUAAUAUUUCAAUUCUGUCAUAACUGUUUAGACCCAAAUAAGAUAUGAAUACCGAUGAAUCAGAUCUUGUUGGAGACGUUCUCGAUAGUUGGGAAGAACUUGAAGAUAACACGGUUUUGGACAAAAAGCUGAAGGAGAUUAAGACAUCAGCUGACGAGAAAAAGAGUUUUCCUGCACAAGGAAUGGUAACAGAUAGUAGUGAUAGAACCCAAUACCAACCACAAGUUAAGAUAAUGAAGAGACCAACUGACACACCAUCUACAAAUAAUGAUAAAAGAUCAAAUAUACCAACAAAAACUUUAGAACAAAGAGAAGCUGAAUAUGCUGAAGCCAGACUACGUAUUUUAGGACCAGCUUAUGGUAACGGGGAUGGAAAUGAGGAGGAGCCUCAGGAAAAAAGUCCAGAGGAAAGAGUUACACAGCUGUUCAAAGAGUUAAACACCAAUAACAAUUGUGUUGAGGUAUUACGUCAACCUAAAGGCCCAGAUGGAACUCCAGGAUUUGAUUUCCAGAGAUAAUGAAGCAUGAACAAAGGGACAAGAAAUAGAAGUGCCAAAAUCAGUCAAAACACAAACCUCUUUGUUAUAUUUUAUGUUUUUGAAACUUUUUUUAAGUGUUCAAAUAUACACUUAUAUCCUUGAGUUUUGUAAAAUGAAUGAAAUUUUAUUUUUUGACAGCAGUACAUGUUUGUACGAUCAUUUGCUACAUAUUAUAAAAAAAAGGAAUGUUAUUUUUUCAUGUGUUGAAUAUGUAAUUGCUGCAAAUCCUUAACUUAAAAAUUCACGUUGAUUUUCGGAAUUCAAAUUGCAAGACAAAAAAUUAAGGAUUACAAAGACUGGCUGAUGAGAGACUAACAGGGCCAAGGUUUGACAUUGAGCUGAGGCGCGGAUCCAGAGGGGGGGUUCUGGGGGUUGGAACCCCCCUUUUUUUUGGACGAUAAAUGCAUUGAAUGGGGACAUGUAAUUGGACCACCCCCCUUUGUCCUGGGUUAGGAACCCCCCCUUUUCAUAAUGGCUGGAUCCACCCCUGGAGCUGAGGUCCAUAAAUAAAAUAAGCUCAACAAAGGGUAAAAAGAAGAAAAGGGAGAGAAAAUCAAUCCAGCCGUGCUGGUUCAUUGAUAUGACACAUCAGAUGUUGUACAAAUAUAGUACAUUUAUAUCCAUAAAAAAACACCCUUAUGACGUGUCAAUGUUUAGAGGUUUUUUAAGAGCAUUUGAACAUUUGAUAGUCAUUUCCUAUGCGUAUAAAAUGUGAGUGUCAAAGUACAAGAUCUGUGUGUGCCAAUUUUACACAUGUUGUGCUUAGAAAUGUGGGCAUUGGUUCUCCAGGAAAUUGUCACAUGAAGUUUGUACUUAAUUUUGUAAAGAGAAUUUAGGCCAUUCAUAUGUAUUUUUUAGUUAUUUGCCAUAUAGCUUCUUCAUUUUAUGGUGCUUUUAGUUGCAUCAAUAUGAUACCAAGGAUAAAAAAUGAAAUUUUAGAUGACAAAGAUUUUUUGUACAUAACUAUCUAGUGUUGCCUGCAACAGAAUUUGUGAAGAGAAGAUAAAGGUAUCCAACAUUUUGACAGCUUCUGUGCUGUCGACAUUUAGAUUUAGUCAGUUAAUUAUUUUUUUUACAUCAAUAACUUUGCCAAAUGUUCACAGUAUUUUAUGAAACUUGGACAAAAGCUUCUUUAUGAUCAAGAGAUAAUUUCUGGAUGAUGAUUUUCAUAUUGUAGAUACAUUAAUUUGAACUUUUAUAACCUCUUUGAAUCUUAUGUAUCCAUCUAUCAGGGACUUGCUUAUUUCCUUUUAUCAAUAAGUUCUUAAUAAUAGCAAUGAUUCUUUGUGACAUAAAUCUGGAAUACCUUCAUAAUGAUGUUAAGGUGAGACAGGGAGAUAACUCUGUAAAACCAGCUAAACAUUUUAAUAACGUUGUGUUGUUAAGGGGAAUAUUAAGCUUCUCAAUGAUGAAAAUAAGUGUUUGUCAAACUGCUAUAUAUCUAGUGUAUUUUUUCUGAUAAAAAGGUUGGUUUAAUUUUUUUUGAAAUUUUUAUAUUUUUGUCAAAGGGUGAAAGUAAAUACUUAAUGUCAAAAUUUUAUGAAAAUUAAACGAGCCAAAUUAAUUUUAGUGAAAGUGUUGGGUACCACCUAAAUUGAAGAUAAUACUGCCAAGUUAUAUAAAUAUAGACACAGCGACGGAAAUUAGAUACCCAGUAGUGAAAAAACAAGGAUUUCUGCUUUUAGCUACAAAAUUUUCAUGUAAACCCCAAAAAUUGCAUAAUUUGACAUGGAAUUUAUCAGAUUUAACCCUUAACUUGAUAACUAUGUUAGCCUUAAAAUGUUUGAAGUUUAGGAAUCGUGUCUUUUGGUAGAUGAAAGUUGUGUUAUUAUUUGGAAUUGUAAAUUAAUAUUGGUAUAAAAAAUAUAAAAUUUGGUGUUUUUAACUCAAACCAGCCAAAGUCAAAUUGAGUUUGCAAUAAGUUAUUCAUGAAGUUAAAUUUUCCUUUGUAUAGCUUUAGUUUUCGAAUGAUAUCUAUGGGUGUUAAUUCAUCUUCAGGGGCUAAAAGUAUUACAAAUGUACAUGUAUAUGAUACUGAAAGUUUAAUAUUCCCUUAGCUAUUAAUUUGUUUAUGAUGACAUCCUUAUAAUGGAAUCUUUUCACAAUACUUUUAAUCUGAUAUUUGAUAAUUGUACAAUUUUCCUCAUGGAAUGAAUUACUUGAAGCUUUUAUAUAUAUAUAUAAAAAAGAUUAAAAAAGGAGUCAAAUAUUUGUGUUUGUUUGUCUGAUUUUGCUUAGCAUGCCAUUUAGAAUUUGGUUUGAGGUGUCAAUUAUCCUUCCCAAAAAAGAUAUACAAGAGGAACACUAUGCAAUACACUAAAAAAGUUUUCUAUAAAAUAAGAAUUGUAAUUAUUUAAAGAUAUUUCCUUGUUUAUAUGAGGAACAGUUAGGGAAACACAUUAGAAGUUUUCUAUACAGUACAUAUGGUAAUUUUACUUUUAUUGUAAUUAUUUGACAAUUCACGAUGAAAAAUGGAGCAUAUAAAAGAAUUGAAAACACUAUGAGAGUUUCUUUGAGGUGUUAACUUGUAUUUUUAAUGUACAGUGUACUAUUUGAACUGUUUUUACCAACCUUUCAAAUAAACCUUAUACAUUGAAUUGUGAAACUCAAAGAGGUAUUAAAAGUUAAAAUAAAGUAGCUUUUAUCAUUGUAUAUAUGUACAUUUAUCAUUGCAGACAUGUAUAUUUAUCAUUGCAGACAUGUAGAUAUUUUUAGCUUAGAAAACAUUUAUUGUAAAUUCACGUCAGCUUAUUAGUAUAUAUCAUAAUCUUAGGGUAAAAACUGGACGUUAAAUGAACGAUCUGUAUCAGGUCAAGUGUUUUAAGUGCCUUGUAUUUUUAUAGUAAGUUUUUGUAAGAAUCAUGGCAGUUUCAUUUAAAAAAUAAGUCACAUACAUGUAACAAAAGGCCAUCAAUUUAACCUUGAAGUAAUGAUAUAUAUAUGGUAGUGUUAAUUUGCCUUUUCAGAAACUAAAGGACUACAGGUAAUUUCAUUGUUCAUAACCUUAAAUGUAUAGCCAAUCACAAGAUUCAGGUGUACACUUUAGAAAACUUACCCAGAAUGCAUUAGAUUUCGAAAAGGCAAAUUUAAAAGAAAUGAUAAAUUUUGAUUCUACCAGUGUUUUGUGAAAAAACAAAUUUCUGAAACUUGAGAACUACUAAUAUUUAAAUUUUAAGGCUUAAAAUUUGAAAGAUAUUUUUUAAUCAGAAUAUAGUUUUUGAAUCUGUUUCAUAAAUAAUUUUUAUAGGUUUACAAAGAGAUAACAUUAUCAGAGCUGAAAAUAAGGGUACCAAAUAUUAAUUUUCAAAAAUAAACGACUGGCUUGGGAAAAGGUUAUAAAUAUUUUGUUAUUUUAUUUAGUAUAAAGUAUUUUUUAAUUUUUUUCAUGGACAUUUUUUUAGUACAAUUUAUGGGGAGAUAACUGUUGGUGUUAUGAUUGACAUUCAAUAUUACAAUCAUAUCAGUUUUAUUUACAAUGAUGCCCUACAUGUUAAAUUGCAAUACAAUGUGCAACUUUAGAACCUCAGAAAUGUCUUAAUCAGGUACAAGUGUCAUUAAAAUUGUUUCAUGCUUUUUGAUAUGAUAAGGGAACUAGACUCACCUUGUUGAUAAUUUGAAUAUGUUUUUCAUAGCCGCUUUUUAGAUUAAAAUUAGCGCUAAGAGAUGCCUAUGAGCAUUUAGCUUUGGUAAUGUUAAGUUCAUAAACAAUAUUCUUUGCAAGUUAAGCUUUCUAACAAAACAUUGUAAGAAUUAAGAAUUUAAAAAAAAAAAAUAAGAAAUGAUAAAAUAUAAGUAUGCCACAAAAUAUAUUGAAUUUGAAAGUAAAUAAAAGGACAGAGUGAGAAAAGAGCCUUAUUUGAUUGGAUAAAAUUGAAAUUUUAACACUUGAAUAAAAACUAAAUUCAUGUUUUCAUUUAUAACAUGUAUAGGUUAAAAAAAACAAAUACAAGUGAGUAAGCAUCCAUCAUGUCAAAUCAAAUCCAGUGGUAAUGUUAUCUAGAAUAAGCCUUUGUACUUUGUUAUCAUGAAAAUAUAGUUAUUUUCCAAUUUUAAAUUGAGAACCACUAAGAACACUCAUAGGCGGAUCCAGGGAGGGACCCCCCUUUCCUAGGAAAAAUUUUGUUGAUUAUAUAGGGAAUCAUUGAAGCAUGACUGGAGUGCCCCCCCCC